CAUUGCAAAACGAAAACCAUUUGCGUUUUACACACUACUAAUUAAUUAUAAGUACUAUAAAUAACCUCAUAAACCCUAUUCUCAUCUUCAUCUAUAUUCAUUUCUCUUUGCCCAAUUGUAUUCAUUGAUAGUUAAUUAACGAUCUACAUAUAAUACAAAUACUUGUCUCACCUCCAAUCUCUUCUACUUGAUUUUGUAUAAUUUCAAAUACCGAAUACCGUACAUAACGUUCAAACUAUAUAUAUACGUACGUAUUAUAGCUAGCAACAACAAAAAUGGGUUAUGGAAAGUCUGUGUCGACGGUGGUGUAUAAUUGCAUAGUAGUACUAGUGCUGCUAUCAUCAUCUUCAGCCACCUGGGCUGCUUCAUCAAGAUCGUCUGGUCUGAAAGUGGGGUUUUACAGAAGGAGUUGUCCAGCAGCUGAGUCAAUCGUUAGAAGAGCUGUAAACAAAGCUGUGUCACUCAAUCCAGGCUUCGCUGCUGGCCUUAUUAGAUUGCAUUUCCACGAUUGCUUUGUUAGGGGUUGUGAUGGUUCAGUUCUACUGCAAUCCACACCAGGAAACACAGCCGAGAGAGAUCAUCCAGCCAACAACCCAAGCUUGCGUGGUUUCGAUGUAAUCGAAGAAGCCAAGGCUAAACUCGAAUCCAUAUGCCCCAAAACCGUAUCAUGUGCAGACAUUCUCGCUUUCGCCGCACGUGACAGCGCCAACAUAGCGGGACGCAUCAACUACGCAGUCCCAUCAGGACGCCGUGACGGCCUAGUCUCCCUGAGCGACGAAGCAGGCCAAAACCUACCACCUCCAUCACUCAACGCCAAGCAACUCAUCGAAAAAUUCGCAAAGAAAGGAUUGUCCGCCGAAGAAAUGGUGACUCUCUCGGGAGCACACUCCAUUGGAGUAUCCCACUGCUCUUCCUUCUCAGACCGUUUGUACACUUUUAAUUCCACUCAUCCUCAAGACCCUUCCAUGGACCGUAGAUACGCAGCCUUUUUGAAGACCAGGUGUCCUCCUCCGAUGAUGAUGACGAGUAACGGCGGUGUUAAUCCGACCGUGGCCCUUGAGUCUCGUACUCCUCUUCGUCUUGAUAACGUGUACUACGCAGAGUUGAAAAAUCAUCGAGGGUUGUUUACUUCGGAUCAGACACUCAAGAGUAGUGGCUCGACAUCGAGAAUGGUGUCGUUGAAUGCCCGCCAUGGCUCGUUGUGGGCUGCUAAGUUUGCCAGGGCGAUGGUGCGGAUGGGCUCCAUUGAGGUUCUUACUGGUCGCAAGGGAGAAGUAAGAAGGUUCUGCAGCGUGGUUAAUUAAGCAAACCAAAAUAUACAAGAGUUGACUAUUUGACUAAUUUGGCAUGCAUUCAUAGUCCAAUGGCAACACGUGGACACAUUCAUUAUUUUGGAUUUUCAUGAUACCCUACAUUUAAUUUAUUUUGUUUUAUAUAUACUCACUUCAAUUUAAGUGUAAAUUAAUUUCCUUUCCAUGCAUUGCUCAUUUUAUUAAUAACUUGAAAUUCUUAUAAGUGUAAUAAUAAUUUCUAUGAUAUGAACCUAUUGUUUUCAAAUGUACAUUCUCAUCUCAUGCUAUUGGACUA